CAUGCCCUCAAUAUGAUCAAUAUCAAACUUAAUGCUACAUAUGGUAAAAACUUUAAAGAAAAAGGGGAAAAGUAGGCAUAUAUUUUCCAACCCAACAUAAAAAAAUUAUUAAUCUGAUAAAUAUAGAUAGUACAAAUAUAGAAUUACCAGACUCUAAAUUAACUUGAUCAACCCGUUUGACAUAUUGAAUUACCCAACUCUAAAAAAAGGGGAAAAGUAGGUAUAUAUAUUCCAACCAAAAAAAAAAAAAAACUAAUAUAUACAUGUAGUACAAAUAUCGAAUUAUCCGACUCUAAAUUAACUUGAUUGGCUAGUUUGACAUUGAAUUACCCGACUCUAAAUUAACUUGAUUAACCCGUUUGACAUAUCGAGUAAAAAUGAUUCAUACCCAUCCUCAUAACUCACAAGUCCUUAACUUUACAACUUACAAGGCCACAAAUCCACAAUAAGAUGAGAUCUAAGAGGAGGCCCAAACCAAUGGUGCAAAUAACUGCAAGCCCAAAAGUUGACUUUUCAAAGAUACAACUUUAAGAGUGAGCAACAAUUAACAAGACAUCUUUAUCAAAAAAAAAAAAAAAAAAAAAAAAAAAAAAAAAAACAAAAACAAAAAACAAGACAUCGUCUUCCCCAAUUGCAUUAUCAGUUCUACUCCCAAAUUCUGAAAUUCCCAAUUUCCGAAGAAGAGAGAGAAAAAAAUUAGGGUUCUUAUUUCAGCAGCAGCAGAAUAAUCGAAUGGUAGUAGAGAAAAUGCAGAAAGCAUUGCGGGCAUAUGCUGAGGUACUGAGGUUAAUUAGGCGUCUUCCCAAAGAUACUCGCUCUUAUUAUGCUAAGUAUGCUCGCGAAAAUUUCGUCAAUUACAGAGAAGUUGAUGCUGCUGAUUCCGCCGCCAUUGAUGAACUUCUUAAUCGCACUUAUACUCAUUCUGUUUGGGUUCUUCACAAGUAUUCUGUGAAUGAAGGUGCGGCGGAGAAGCUGAAGAAUGUUUGUUCUACACAGUGAAAGAUCAGUACGCUUUCCCCACUUUUCUUUCGUUUUAGGUGUUGCGUGAUUGGGUUACAAAUUAAAAAGUUUGAUUUUUUGCAUGUUUUUGUGAUGAUUCGGAAUUUGUUUUAAUUUGAUCAUUGAAUUAAGUUCAAUUGUGUUGGAUUGGAAAUGUUGGAUUAGUGAUUGAUAUCAACUUUGUCAUUUUGAUUAUUCAGGCAUGUAAGAUGUUUUAGCUAACUGCUGUUAUUAUUAAGCUUUGUGCUUUAAGAGUUGGACUUGCUGUUGCUCUGUAUGAAUAUGCGCGAUCUGUCUAGUGAUAGAUCUCUCUUGCAAUAGUGUGUUUUUCUGUGUCUUUUUAAAUGUUGGAUUGUGAAAGUAUAUAUUAUACCGGA